ACCAUCAUUGUUUUCUCUCUCUCUCUCUUAAUUCUCAAUCGAAAAUUAGGGUUUUUAAUUUUCAGUUCCCAAAUCGCAUUUUCACCUUCGAUUGGUGUUGCCACCUAGCCCUACUUCGAAACGAUGUCGCUCAGACCCAAUGCAAGAACAGAGGUUCGUCGCAACCGUUACAAAGUUGCCGUCGAUGCCGAUGAAGGUCGCCGGAGAAGAGAGGAUAACAUGGUCGAGAUCCGUAAAAGUAAGCGUGAAGAAAGUCUCUUGAAGAAACGUCGUGAAGGUCUUCAAAAUCAACCGCAGUUUACUCCUCUUCAAUCUUCCUCCAUUGUCGAGAAAAAGUUGGAGAGUCUUCCUGCAAUGGUUGCUGGUGUUUGGUCAGAUGAUAAUAAUCAACAACUUGAAGCAACUACGCAAUUUCGGAAGCUUCUUUCCAUAGAGCGAAGCCCUCCGAUUGAGGAAGUUAUUCAAUCUGGUGUUGUUCCCCGCUUUGUUCAGUUUCUAGUUCGGGAGGAUUUUCCCCAACUUCAGUUUGAGGCUGCUUGGGCUCUUACAAACAUAGCAUCCGGAACUUCUGAGAAUACUAAGGUGGUAAUUGAUCAUGGGGCAGUGCCGAUAUUUGUGAAGCUACUUAGUUCUCCAAGUGAUGAUGUUCGGGAGCAGGCUGUGUGGGCAUUGGGAAAUGUUGCUGGUGAUUCACCUAGGUGCCGCGAUCUUGUUCUUAGCCAUGGUGCCCUGAUCCCGCUGUUAACCCAGUUGAAUGAGCAGGCAAAGCUUUCAAUGCUGAGAAAUGCCACAUGGACUCUGUCAAACUUUUGCAGGGGCAAGCCACAACCUCCAUUUGAUCAGGUGAGGCCAGCACUUCCGGCUCUUGAGCGUUUGGUUUUUUCAAAUGAUGAAGAAGUCCUGACAGAUGCAUGCUGGGCACUCUCUUAUCUUUCUGAUGGAACAAAUGACAAAAUCCAAGCGGUGAUUGAGGCAGGUGUAUGUGGCAGACUAGUGCAGCUCCUUCUGCACCCAUCUCCUUCAGUGCUGAUCCCUGCACUUCGCACGGUGGGAAAUAUUGUUACGGGAGAUGAUGCACAGACUCAGGCUAUUAUUGGUCAUGGUUCACUCCCAUGUCUUUUGAGCCUGUUGACCCAUAAUCACAAGAAAAGUAUUAAGAAAGAAGCUUGCUGGACUAUAUCAAACAUUACAGCUGGAAACAAAGAGCAGAUACAGGCUGUUAUUGAAGCCGGACUGAUUGCUCCUCUGGUCAAUCUUCUUCAAAAUGCCGAAUUUGACAUUAAAAAAGAAGCUGCAUGGGCACUCUCCAAUGCUACAUCUGGCGGUACCCAUGAGCAAAUCAAGUACUUGGUGAGCCAGGGUUGCAUUAAGCCUCUGUGUGAUCUUCUUGUUUGCCCCGAUCCAAGAAUUGUUACCGUCUGUUUAGAAGGUCUUGAGAAUAUUCUGAAGAUUGGAGAAGCAGAGAAAAGCUUUGGUAACGCGGGAGAUGUCAACUUGUAUGCUCAGAUGAUAGAUGAGGCGGAGGGAUUGGAAAAGAUUGAGAACCUGCAGAGUCAUGACAACAAUGAAAUUUACGAGAAGGCUGUUAAAAUUCUCGAGACAUAUUGGUUGGAAGAUGAAGACGAGACACUACCACCAGGCGAUGGUUCUCAACCUGGUUUUAAUUUUGGAGGCAAUGACCUUCCGGUCCCAUCUGGUGGAUUUAACUUCGGUUAAAGACUUCUUGAGUAGUGGGUAAAUAUGCCUCAGUUGUCUUUACUUUUUCCCUAGGGGGUUAUAAUCAUAGUUUACAUCCAAGUCCAACUUAAUUAUUGGUAUGUUGUCUAAACAAACUGCUUUCCAAUAAUUGUAGGAAGGAACUGUGUUGGAUGCAGCAGGGUACUGUUGGCGUUGAGUCCGGGUGGGGUGGGGGAGGGGGGGCGUCGGUCUUUGUACUUCAUGGUGUCUGGUGUCAGUCUGGUCUAGUGUCUGUAAUGAAGUACUGGGGUGGGUCAGUCUAAACUGCCAUGUCCAAAUAAGAAGGGGGGUGGUGGGUUCAGCUAGCUGCAUACUUUGAGCAUCACAAGAAAUAUAUUUGCUGGGGAGAAAGUAUGUUGCAGUAGCAAGUACCCGUUUUGUGUGGCAAUUGGGGAGGGUUUUCUUUUAAAUGGCUUUGAGAGUCCUAUUUUUUAUCGAGUCGUAGUUUGUAUUGGUAAUUUAUACCGAGUCUAUUUUAUUUUGAUUGAAUACAGUGUCUGAGAAACAAAUUUUAUGGUGUAUUCUUGCACUUACAUAUUAUUCAUUAGUAUUAUUCGCCACCGUAAAAGUUAA